AUGGUUCUUCUCACGAUACUGGCCAACUGCAUUGUCCUCGCAAUGGAAGUUCAUCUGCCCUCACACGACAAGACCGCUUUGUCAGAAAGACUGGAGCAGACAGAAACCUAUUUCCUGAUAAUUUUCUGCGUGGAGGCAUUGCUAAAAAUUGUAGCCCUUGGAUUUUUAUUUCACAAAGGGGCCUACCUCCGAAAUAUCUGGAACAUCAUAGAUUUCAUCGUGGUUGUCACAGGGUUAUUAGCCUACAUUCUUCCAAACUUGAAUCAACCGGCAGUUCGUGCAUUGCGUGUACUCAGACCAUUGAAACUUGUCACAGGAUUUGAAAGUAAGAUGGUUGGCUUUAUACAUUGCUGCUCAACGCUAUUCCAAGGAUGUUUAUUCAGCAGCGGUGUUCUUUUUUCAGGUUUGCAGAUUGUGCUCAAAUCCAUUCUUCGUGCAAUGGCGCCGCUCCUGCAAAUCAGUCUUCUGGUCCUAUUUGCCAUUACUAUUUUUGCCAUCAUUGGCCUGGAAUUCUAUUCGGGUGCAUUCCACAUGACCUGUUUCGAAACA